AACGGAGCGGAUGUCAACAAGGCUGGCGUGGAGGGCGCGACAGCACUUCACUAUCUGUGUUCUAAGAAUGAGGUCAAUGAAGGCGCUGUCAAACUGUUGUUACAAAAGGGAGCUGAUGUCAACAAGGCUGACAUGGAGGGGUUUACAGCACUUCACAGUCUGUGUGCUAGGGAUGAUGUCAAUGAAAACACUAUCAAACUGUUGUUACAAAACGGAGCUGAUGUCAACAAGGCUGGCGUGAAGGGCAUGACUGCACCUCACUAUCUGUUUGAUAGAGAUGAAGUCGAUGAAAGCGCUAUGAAACUGUUGUUACAAAACGAAACUGAUGUCAACACGGCUGACGUGGAUGGCGUGACAUCACUACACUAUCUAUGUGAUAGGGAUGGUGUCAAUGUAUGCGCUGUCAAACUGUUAUUACAAAACGGAGCUGAUGUCAACUAGCCUAACG